UGAGUUUGUUUUUCGAGGAAACAGCUUUGACGCUUGUUCUCGGUGUGAACUAAAGAUGUGGGUGAACGAACCAGCUCCGGAUAUGUUCAUCACACGUCGGCUUAAUGUGUGAGAGACGAGCGUCUUGUAAGAAAAGAAGAUGUAUCUAUGGCGCCUCUCCAUCGCCAUAACCCUCGGCUUGGUGUGGUAUUUUUCAGACUGCGGUCGCACGGUGACACAGUACGUUUUGUGCUUUCUCUUUUGUUUUACUACUCCGCUUUUAUUCGGGAACAGUGGGCGAGAGAGCAGCACCCAAACUGAUGAAGAGACAAAGGAAAAUUCACUCCAGGAAACUGCCGAGGGAAAGUUAUUUGGUGGCUUGACAGAUGCAGAGAGCAGAGAGCAGGCUGAGCCAUUGGAGUCUGAGUAUCCACAUGUAAAGACUUCUCUACAACAAGUGUUCGAGUGCGCCUACGCCCAGCUGGUCCUGCCUUGGUACAGCGUUCCCGAGGUACGCGAGCACCAGCCUCUGCACCAGGUGCUCAGCAGGGAGUUUGACUUUGUAAUCGACCGGAUCAUUGAGAGGGCCAAAGACUUUGAUGUUUGCCAGGCGGUUGUGGGCUCCAUUCGCAUUUUAACCCAGCACUUGCAUAAUGCGAAGCAGUCUGACAGGGAGCUCUUGUUUAGUUCCAGAGCCGAGGAGAUUGCGGUUCUCAGAGAGUUUUCUGAUGCUCUGGUACGUAACCUUUUUCCUGAAUCUCUCUGGGGCCAAGAAGUCAACCGCUGUGCCUUAAAUGAGAUAGUCGCCUUAAAGGGGUUGGGUCUGUUGGUGACAUGGCUGUCGGACCCCGACAACCUGAACCAGCUGGUGGUGAGCCAGCUGGACAGCGUUACCCCCAAAGGCUCUGUGGAGGAGCUGUGUGGAUCAGACCUCGAUCAAACCUCUCUGGCUUCACAGGAGGGCGAAGGCGAGGGCGAAGGCAGUGAAGUGAGCUCAGAGGAGGCAGAGAUUUCGACCAGAAAGAGGAUCAAGGCCAAAAGAAAAGCUAACAAGUUAAAAGAGGGAUGGUCCAAACUUAUGGACAAGGUGAAGUCUAAAAAGGCCAAGAAGAAGAAGAUGAAAAAGAUGGAGCAGGAGCUGGUGCUGCGGAUCAUGGCAAUCCAGGGAGACGUGUCCAACGAGGACGAUGUCAGCAGCAGAGAGGGCUCCAUUCACAGCCAGCAGGACUCUGACAGGGAGGACAGUGAUCUGGAGAACUACUUGACAAGCGUCCAAGAGGACAUGAUGGAAUUCAAGCUGUCGUAUGAGAUGUGGCGCGUCGGCCGCUGGGCUGUCAGCAUCCCUCGUGCCAACUGGCAGGAUGGGGAGCUAAUCUUCACCAUUCACCUGGAGGAGAAGGGCAGCCCCGAAAACCUGCAGUGGGACAUCAGGAAGUCCUACAUGGACGUUAUAUACUUCCGCAACAGAUGGCAGGACUCUACCAGCCUGCCCCCGAUCCUGGUGCUGGAGGAGUCAGAGAUCAAUGACGAGGUCCAAGAAGAAGCGAGAAUAUCAAUGGAGCGCUUCCUGCAGGAGUUAGUUUCUGAUAAUCUGAUCGGCCACACUCAACCGGUUUUCCAGUUCCUCUGCCCACUUGACAAACUGCUGAAUGAGGAGGAACAUUACAGAGGCGUGUGGGGCCUCCUGAGCGGCCUGGCUUACUUCCUGACUCCAGGUCACGAGGAAGAGGAGAGCUCGAGCCCUCAGACUGAAGCCCCAAAAGAAAUCAUCGCAUCUCAACAUCCAGAAUCGACAGCUCUGCCUUCAGAGAACUCCGGUGCCUCGACUGAGAAGGGCAGUGAUGAUUCUGGUGCUACAAUCCCAACUAUUGUUAUCUCCCAAUAUGAUACCCCUUCAGACCUGCCUGAGGAGGCAGAAACAGAAAAGGAACUGCAGUCUGCUGUUAACUCUGAGUCUUCAAAUGAAAACUGCUCCCAAGAGAAAACGGAGGACUCUGAAAAUCCUUUAACCUCUCACUUUAAAAUGAUUCUCAAAGGAUUGACCCGAUCCAGGUCACAGGAGUCUCUGGUGUCUACAAAAACCACCGGUGACGAAGACCCGCCUGAUUUAGACUCUACGCCACACUGCAGCCAAAAUGGAGGUGUGCAUGAGGAGUGCUCAGAAGGCCCGUCGUGGCUUCACUUCAGUGCAAGGUCACAUAAAAAGGAGAAAAUAAGUUUCAAGAUGUCAAUUGGAGCGAACAAAGCUAAAGUCAAGGACCAGGGUACUUCACCAAGAGGGGAGGACUCCCAGUGUCAGAGGAGCCAGGUCAACUGGGAGCAGCUGGAGGCGACCAAAGCCAUAUUUGAUCUGCUGAAAGAAAUCUCUGGGAACUCCAUCCUCCUGAACAUAUUUGAUGCCAUGUUGAAACCUGUUAUGCCAAUCUUGAAAAAAAAAGUCAACUCUUUCCUCAACAAGAUGAACCCGUCAGAGGUGCAGAUGGCAUCGUACAUCGACACCCUGCGUGAGAAACAGUGGCCUGGUUUUCAGCCAGCAGAACCUCCUCCUCCUCGCUCCGACGAGGAGAAGAGCGAGACCAGGGACCGAGCGCACGACCUCAUCAAUGCCAGAUAUUCAAACUACCUUAUCCUGAAGAAGACAGACAUGGAGUCUGUUUUUAAUCUUUUCCAGGACAGUGAAGAAAACAAAACACUGGUAUAUAUGCUCCUCUCAUUCCUAUUGAGGGAGUUUUUUCCCAAUGAGCACUUCCUAAACGUGAGCGCCGCUGCUCUACAGAAAGUGACCAACUCAACCAACUGAUAUGUGAAUCCUUGACUGUGUUUUUAGUGGUACUUUUUGGACAUUUUUUAGACUAUCAGAUUAUUUAUUGAACUUCUUAAAAUGCCUUAAAAUAUUUGCGACCAUUUCUGUAUCGCUGUCAAACAUUCCUUGCUGACGUUUUUACCUCAAAAUUACUGUGAACACUUUGUUUAUUUCCUUUGUUUUUAAAUUUUGUAAAAUUAAACUUUGUAUGUGAUUAA